AUUGUGAUAAAAUGGCUCUGACACUUGAACGUGCUUUAUUUUAUCUACAAACCCUAGUAGUUAUACUCUCAAUAUUCCUAGUCAACCCUUCCUUUUGUUUCAACCCCAAAAAGCUCUUUAACACUUCUUAUUAUGCUCCAUCUGGUUCAGAUUGGUCACCUUCACUGGCCACAUGGUAUGGACCUGCUAAUGGAGAUGGAAGUGAAGGUGGAGCCUGUGGUUAUGGCAACGCUGUUGGGCAACCUCCAUUCUCUUCGUUAAUAUCUGCAGGAAGCCCUCUCAUUUAUGACUCCGGCAAAGGGUGUGGUUCUUGUUACGAGGUGAAAUGCACAGGGAAUUCUGCAUGCUCGGGCAACCCGGUGAAAGUAGUGAUCACUGAUGAGUGUGCUGGGUGUGGCUCAGAUGCUCAAUAUCAUUUUGAUUUGAGUGGCAGUGCUUUUGGAGCAAUGGCGGUUUCAGGUCAAGAUCAGAAUCUACGCAAUGCAGGAAAAAUAAACAUUCAACAUAGAAGAAUCGAAUGCAACUAUCCUGGUAAAUCAAUAGCUUUUCGCGUGGACUCUGGGUCAAACCAAGAGUAUUUUGCUACCUUGGUUGAAUAUGAGGAUGGGGAUGGUGACCUUGCCAAGGUUGAACUCAAAGAAGCACAUGAUGAUUCAAAUUCAUGGGAUUCAAUGCAACAAUCGUGGGGUGCGGUUUGGAAACUUGACAAAGGCUCACCAUUGAAGGCACCAUUCUCUAUCAGGCUCACCACUCUUGAGUCUGGCAAGACCAUCGUGGCCAAUAAUGUGAUUCCUGCUCAGUGGACUCCUGGUCAGACUUACAGAUCAAUUGUGAAUUUUGAAACUUAAAAAGUUUUAUCAAGAUA